CUUGAAAGCAAUGCCAAUGGUGUCCCUCUCGCUCCUUUCAUUCUCGCUCUGCAACCAUGGCUAACCGUGAAAGCCCACUUCUGGCGAAAUGAACAGAUAGACCAAGAAGAGAGCGUGAUCUGUGAGAUAUUCUGGCAUCGCUGGAAAAUCGAAGUGUCGUGGCUAAACAAAGGAAAAUCGUGCCACACUCACAGCGUGAGUGGGGUCUGAGGGAUCAGGAUGGCUGGAUAAACCGGAAAAUGGAAUCGCCAAGCGCAUCCUCCAAAUGGUUUGGACAUCUUCAUGGGUAGCUAUAUAAAAACCAGAGGAGGAAGGUUGUCAACUAAAUGCAGUUGUCUUACUAACGUUAGUUAGGCGGGGUUUACUGCAAUUGUUUCGAUUUGCAGAUAGCUAACUACCUUCAUUAAAUGGGGCUUUUGAGAGGAAGGCAAGUGGAGUGAAUUGAUCUGGCUUUUAAUCGAAAAUAUUGCAAGCUAGCUUGCAAACAGAAAGCUGUUAACGCUAGUUAGCUACCAAGGUAGCUACAUCCGCCAAUGUUGCGAGGUAGCCAGCUAGCUUGCAACAAUAGCUAGCUAUUUAGCUACCUAUGCUAGCUGGGUAUGGUUUUAUCUUAUCUAGCAGACCUGAUCGGUCAAGGGGUAUUUUGGAAUAUAGAACAUACAGGUUAUUGCUGGAAUUUGUAGGAACCCGAAUAAACGGAAUGUGGCUUCUGGGACAGGAAUGCCUGAAAUUCUGAGGGUUCAGCGUCCAGAUCCUUGGGAAACCCUGGAAGAAACCGAGUUGAAAGCGUUCGGAAGGAAAACCUUUAAAACUGGCGAAUUUUGUAAUUUUCUUAUAUAAUAUCAAUUAGGUAGCUGGCUACCUAGGCACGCGUUUUCGGCCAGCUGUCUAGUUAGUUAACACUAACUGUCUUACAAUUACUAAGAAAGCUGUGCUAUCAUAACUGGAGCCAAUGUUUUGAACGACGUGAUUUGGCCGUCUAAUUUAGCUGGCUAGCUGCUUUGCAACUGGAGUCCCUCUACAUAUUUAGCCACCUAAUCAUCUCAGAAGAGCUACAACUGGAGCGCUCGGACGUGGGAUCUUCUUGGAUUUGAAUUGGAUUAUUCUAUUCAGUGUGUCAUUUGGAAUUUGAAAAUUGCUACCGCCACUGACCAUGGCAGCGGUGGUCAACUACUCACCUCCGUGGUGGGUGAACCUGCUACACCGACUCCCCCACUUCACUCUCCAGUUCGAGCAAACAAGCAGUGAUUUUCGCCCGGAAGACACGGAGUACCUACAGUCUAUCCUGCUGCUGGGAGGCGUGGCCCUGGCCUGCUUGGCCCUGGACCUCCUCUUCCUGCUCUUCUACUCCUUCUGGCUGUGCUGCCGCCGCAAGAAGAGCGACGAGCAGCCCAACGCGGACUGCUGCUGCACGGCCUGGUGCGUCAUCAUCGCCACGCUGGUCUGCAGUGCUGGCAUUGCUGUCGGUUUCUAUGGGAACGGUGAGACCUGUGAUGGAGUCAACCGGCUCACAUACUCUCUCCGUCACGCCAACCGCACAGUGGCAGGAGUGCAGAAACUGGUGUCGGACAGUAACACCUCGCUGAACCAGACGGUGGACGAGGGCCUGCGCCAGCUGGAGGGCCAGUACUCCAGGCACACGGACUACGUGUCCAUCGUGCAGAAGCUGCAGGGUCAGCUGGACGAGCUGGUGCGGCAGAUGGGGGACAUUCCUUUCUGGGACAACCGCGACAUCUCCCUGGAGGAGCUCGCCGUGAAGAUCGAGCUCUACGACUGGUACAGGUGGCUGGGAUACUUGGGCCUGCUGCUGUUCGAUGUCCUCAUCUGCCUGCUGGUGCUCUUUGGGCUCAUUCGUAACUCAAAAGGAACUCUCAUCGGUGUCUGUUUGCUGGGUGUGUUCGCUCUCGUCAUCAGCUGGGGAUCCCUGGGACUAGAGCUGGCUGUUUCCGCGAGUUCCAGUGACUUCUGUGUUGCCCCGGACAUGUACAUCACCAGAGUGACCGACGAGAACGCCGUGGUAAAGAAAGAUAUCCUGCAGUACUACCUGAGAUGCAGCAUGGGCCAGGCCAACCCUUUUCAGCAGAAACUGUCAGGAAGUCACAAGGCCUUGGUGGAGAUGCAAGAUGACAUAGCGGAACUUCUGCGGUCCGCGGUCCGAGAGUAUCCAAAGACCAAGGGGAAACUGGAGCAGAUCCAGGGGGUGCUGAACACCACGGAGAUCAGCCUGCACCAGCUGACGGCCCUGGUGGACUGCCGCAGUCUGCACAUGGACUACGUCCAGGCAGUGACGGGUCUGUGCUACGACGGACUGGAAGGCCUCAUCUACCUGGUCCUCUUCUCCUUCGUCACAGCGCUGAUGUUCAGCUCCAUCGUCUGCAGCGUGCCCCACACCUGGCACACUAAGAGGAACGAGGACGAGGGGGAGGAGGAGUCCAUGGCCCACGGCAACCGGCAGCCGCACGACAACCUGUACCGCGUGCACAUGCCCAGCCUGUACAGCUGCGGCAGCAGCUACGGCAGCGAGACCAGCAUCCCCGCGGCGGCGCACACCGUCAGCAACGCCCCCGUCACCGAGUACAUGACCCAGAACGCCAACUUCCAGAACCCCCGGUGUGAGAACACGCCGCUGAUUGGCAGGGAGUCGCCCCCGCCCUCUUACACCUCCAGCAUGAGGGCGAAAUACCUGGCAACCAACCGCCCUGAAUCCAACAAUUUAGCUUCACACUAAGGACAGCUCGCCCUCCCCUCUACAGAGACCGGAUUAGAACCCUCUUUCUUCUGGAAUAUUCUUCCCAACCUCUGGCCACAAUAAUACCACUGUCUCCAUCUGGCAAAAAAGGAGUACAGUUCUGAUCUCCACUUCUCACCAACACAUCCGACAACCUUAACAAAUGAGUGAAUUCCUUGGAUAUGCGCUUUUGAAAAAGGAACAUCCUUGUGUCUUGUAAAUAACACUGUAUAUGAUCUUCUCAAAACCUGUACGGUGUCUCAAGAAAGCCAGUCCUGUCACCAGACAGACUAAAUGUUAUCCAAGAUUAUUUCAGGCAUUGUAAGGCUGGGCCUUUCUGCACUUGCCGGAACCUCAGCUUACAGUACAGUUACCCAGAAUUCCCUGGCUCUCAUGACAGUUGUCCAGUAGGAAAUUGACCUACUGCACUGAUUCUUGAAUUCCGCACAUUUUGUCAGACUCUUUUUCAGAUCAUUCCACAAAAUCACAUUGUGAAAAGUGUGAAAUCUCUUUUUUUUUUUUAACAAGUGUGUAAAAAAAAAAAAAAACAAACAAAAUGGGUGCUUUUGUGUUUACUACUGAGAGCCUCUGCAUUGAUUUCCCUCAGAUGGGUCUGACCUGGAAGGGUGUCAUAGCAGAAGCAGCAUGUGUCCUGCACAAAGUUUAGUCAACUGCCAUUUCCUGUUCAGGAUGCACAGUGUAAAGUAACCCAAAGCAGUGGGACUACAUUCAGUUUCUCUCACCUGUUCUCUGCUGCCACUUCUCUAUAUGCAGUUAGCCUGGAACUGUGGGCUUAAUGAGCUUUUUUGUUGGAAAGGUUCUUGUAUU